UCUCUCUCUCUCUCUCUCUUUCUCUCUAAAAAUGAGAUUUUGCAAUUAAUUGCAAUUUAAUGUGGUUCAGAACCCCGGAGAUAAACGGAGCAUUACCGGUGAAUCAUUCACGGAAAGAUUACAAGCAUUGACUACAGUUUUCAAUCAGCCUCGCUGCAAGAAUGAAUGUCGUUUAAAAACUGAAACUGUAAUAACGUCCUUGCGACCCGAAAGAGAUCUCCAAGUUUCUCAUCGGGGGUUAUCUUAUCUGCUGCAACUAUGGACCUCCGUGCACAUCGGUAGCUCCGCCGCGUCAUUUAUAUGUACAUCUGCACACGAAAAAUCAGUCAGUCAACGCUCAAGUUUAAUCGCGGACCUCACGGUCGCAUUCUAAUGUUGCUUUAGAGCGACAUGAUAGCCCGUUACAACAUUGUCCGCCGCGCCGAUUGUUUACGUUAUCGCGCUAACGCGGCAUCGCAUAACAAUUAUCCCGUCCAAGGUUCAGGUUUACCUUAAAUUACACUGUGCCACGUACUGCUCUCACUAUCAGUUAAAAACUAACCGUUCGGUCGUUCAAUGUCAGACAGCUUCUGCCGUAAUUUCGUAUUGCAAAAGGCGUUAAAAAUACUCCGUUCUUCAGUUUCAGUUAAACAAAUAUCCUCAGUUUUUCUCCUGCGUCCAACAAAAAAAAAAAAAGAAUUUCCCGAGACAGUCAACAAUCGCCAUUGCAUAUAAGUUACCGGUUAAAAGGUUGCACUUUUUAUUUUGAUGGGUCUUGGAAUGCAGUUUUGCUUGUGGAGCGGUUGAACACGAUUGGUUAGAUCCAUUGGUAGGAAUCAAUCGCUCAGUGAACAGACUGUGUUCCGAAAAUGAUUAUAAAAAAAAGUAUGGCAACCUUUUGGCGACUAUACAAGUAAAAAACGCACCGGCUCGAUAUACUUUCGAUCGUUCAACGGUAGUCGAAUUCUUUCGUUAGACGAUAUAUAGCUUACGCGCGCCAGGCACGAGAACAUGAUACUGUUUAAUAACAUAGUUGCGAGGGUAUCUGUGCAGCGUGUCGUGCCGUAACCGGAGGACCGAUCGAAUAUCGAAAUUGGAGUCCUGCAGAUCGUCGGAUCAUUCGAUCCGAAUCCGCUCAAGUACAGCGUGCAACGUGACGGUGGAUGUGUUUUAGCUGGUGCUUCUUCGUCCCGUCCGGUUGUGUUUAACGUGCGCACAGAAUCGCCCGGAGCCAGACAUCAGUGCGCGCGUGCGAGAUACGUGGCAGUUCUAUUGAGAAGCUCUAUUAGGAAAUCUCAUUUUAAUUAUUGCACUUUUUGAUUAAACGACAAUUGUGGGAAUAGUGGGCACGUAUGUGUUUUUAAGAAAAUUCGCGGAGGAUUCGGGGAGGGGAAGAGAUUUUCCGAGUGACGUGGCAUGAAAUGGCACGAAAAAACGCGUGGAAAUAUAACGUGUUAGUCGAGUCACCCAGAGGUCUUAACUCCUGAAGUAUAAAGAGAAUAACUCGAUGUGACAAAAUAAGUACACAAUCUUGACGAGCGCAAGAAAUUUUCACGGCGCCGUUUAAUCUAACGCGAGAUGACGAAGUUCAGGGGUCCGUUGGUCCAUCAGCUGAAGCAGGCGUAUCGCAAUCUAACGGAUAUUACGACGGCGAACGAGGUGGUGAACCGCUCGAUAUCGCUUGAAAACAUGAGAUUGCUUGGGGAUGACUCCGACACCGAUUUCGAGGGUACGACGCAUCUGGUGCGCGUGCCGCGCACGGAGGUUAAGACUGGCGUCGCCAAAAUCGACAUCGAGGGCAUGACCUGCCAGAGUUGCGUGACGAACAUCGAGAGGAUAAUCGGCAAGCGGCCGGACGUCAUCAGCAUCAGGGUGAUUCUCGAGGAGAAGGCCGGCUACGUCAAGUACCGGGCGCACGAGACCACGCCGGAUGUGUUGGCGGAGGCGAUCGGGGAGAUGGGCUUCACCGCCAGCCCGUCGUUGUCCGAGGAUUCCGCGGAGUACGCAGCGAAAUCCUCCUUAUUACUUACCACCAACACCUGCUUCAUACACAUAGACGGAAUGACGUGUAACUCGUGCGUUAAAAACAUCACCAGUGUUCUCAACAACAAGAUCGGUGUAAAGAAAAUACAUGUCAGUCUGAAGAAUAAAGAGGCCAGAGUCACGUACAGUGCUGAUAUAACGCCCGACGAGGUAGUGGCGCAUAUAGAAGAGAUGGGCUUCUCCGCGUAUGUGAAGGGAACGAACGACAUAGUUGCGGACGCUAUUCUCAAUAAGAAGAAGAAAAAAAAGAAGAAGCCCGAGGUGGUGCCGCAAGCGAACGGCGCUGGUGACGUUAAGGAGCAGUCGACAAAGUGCUUCCUGCACGUAUCGGGUAUGACCUGCGGUUCCUGCGUCACUGCGAUAGAGAAACAUUGCAAGAAGCUGUACGGCGUGAGCAACAUAAUGGUCGCUUUGAUGGCCUCCAAGGCGGAAGUCGCAUACGAUCCUAGCAAAAUAAGAGCGGAGGAUAUCGCUUCCAGUAUAACGGAGCUGGGCUUCCCUGCGUCUUUAAUUGAGGAGUGCGGGACCGGCGAGGGCGAGAUCGAGCUGAUAAUCUUGGGCAUGACGUGCGCGUCGUGCGUAAAUAAAAUAGAGUCGACCGUGAAGAAGCUGCCUGGCAUAAAAUCGGCGACGGUCGCCCUGGCGACGCAGCGGGGCAAAUUCAAGUACGACGUGGAAACGACCGGUGUCAGAGAUAUCGUCGAGUGUAUCACUAAAUUAGGUUUCACGGCCAAUGCGUUUACCAAUCGAGAUAAGGAGAAUAGGGACUACUUGGAUCAAAAAGAAGAGAUAAAUAAGUGGCGAAACGCGUUCUGGGUAUCGCUGAUUUUCGGAGUACCGUGUAUGAUAACGAUGACGUAUUUCAUGUCGGUCAUGUCCUUCGGCGACAAGACGCACGAGGAGAUGUGUUGCAUAGUGCCUGGUCUCUCCUGGGAAAAUCUGUUACUCUUCGCGUUCUCCACACCGGUGCAGUUCUUCGGUGGUUGGCAUUUUUACGUGCAAGCUUAUAAAACAUUGAAACACGGCACGACCAACAUGGACGUUCUAAUCUCGAUGACUGCCACGAUCUCAUAUCUUUACUCGAUCGCCGUUCUCGCUGCCGCUAUGAUAAUGCAAGAGAAAGUCAGUCCGCUGACGUUCUUUGACACACCGCCGAUGCUUCUGGUCUUCAUCAGUCUGGGAAGGUGGCUCGAGCACGUGGCGAAGGGGAAGACGGCCGAAAUUCUCUUAAAAGGAAAGACAUCCGAAGCUCUCUCAAAACUGUUAUCUUUGAAAGCCACGGAUGCGGUGUUGGUUACGCUAGGACCCAACAAUGAGAUAUUGUCGGAACGCACGAUAAACGUCGAUCUGGUGCAACGUGGCGACACACUGAAGGUGGUCCAAGGCGCCAAAGUGCCCGUCGACGGCCGCGUGCUGACCGGUCAGUCGACCUGCGACGAGAGUCUGAUCACGGGCGAGAGCAUGCCGGUGCCAAAGAAGGAGGGGUCGCUGGUGAUCGGCGGCUCGAUCAAUCAGAACGGACCGUUGCUGAUUACCGCCACGCACACGGGCGAGCACACGACCCUGGCGCAGAUCGUUCGCCUGGUGGAGGAGGCGCAGACGAACAAGGCGCCGAUCCAGCAGCUGGCCGACAAGAUAGCCGGCUACUUCAUACCCCUGGUCAUAGCGGUCUCCGUGGUGACGCUGGUGAUUUGGAUCAUAGUCGGCUAUGCGAAUGUCAAGCUGCCCAUGUCGCACAAUGAUCACAUCAAUAAGGACGGCCAGAAUCGCAAUGAGAUCAUAUUUCAGUACGCUUUUCGAAGCGCCCUGGCGGUACUCGCGAUCGCCUGUCCCUGCGCCCUCGGCCUGGCCACGCCGACCGCGGUUAUGGUCGGCACGGGCGUGGGCGCGCUGAACGGCAUCCUGAUCAAGGGCGCCGAGCCGCUGGAGAGCGCGCACAAGGUCAAAUGCGUCGUCUUCGACAAGACGGGAACGUUGACGUACGGUAUCCCGACCGUCACCAAGAUCGACCUGUUCGUGGAAGAGAGGCUCUGUUCACUGGGGAAGAUGCUGCUGGUCGUCGGCACGGCGGAAAUAAACAGCGAGCAUCCUAUCGCGUCAGCGAUCGUACGCUUCGUGAAAGAAAUAAUGGGCCAGACAAUUACUGGGCAGUGCUCGAAUUUUCAAGCGGUCGCCGGCUGCGGUUUGAAGUGCAAAGUAACACAUUUGGAUCAAGCGCUGAUCCAGGCGUUGGAUUCCGAGCAGAUUGUCAACUAUAUGAAUCACAUGUACAACACGCCGUACGGAACGUACCACAUCAACGACGUGCCCGUCGUGACCACGCAGAUCCCCGAGGUAAUACAGCACGAGAAGCAACACGCGGAUUUGCAGUUGCUCCUGAAUCCCGGCAAGCGUCGCUUGCCGCCGGAAUUCGAGGACCUGUACGAGGUCUGCAUCGGUAAUCGGGAAUGGAUGCGACGGAACGGGAUCAUCAUCCCGCAGGAGGUCGACACGAAGAUGGUCAACGAGGAGGACCUGGGACACACCGCGGUCCUGGUCUCGAUAAACCAUAUGCUCGUCGCCAUGAUCAGCGUCGCCGACAAGGUGAAGCCCGAGGCGCAUCUCGCGGUUUACACCCUGAAAAAAAUGGGAUUGGAGGUGAUUCUCUUGACGGGUGACAACAGGCAAACCGCGGCUUCGAUCGCUAGACAGGUCGGCAUCAGCCGAGUUUUCGCGGAGGUGUUGCCGUCGCACAAGGUAGCUAAGAUUCAGCGACUGCAGGAGCAAGGUUUGAAGGUCGCCAUGGUGGGAGACGGUGUUAACGAUAGUCCGGCUCUGGCUCAAGCGGAUGUCGGUAUCGCUAUCGCAUCGGGAACAGACGUCGCCGUGGAGGCCGCCGACGUGGUUCUGAUGCGCGACGAUCUUCUGGACGUAAUCGCAUGUCUAGAUCUAUCAAGGAAAACGGUCUUUAGGAUAAGACUGAAUUUUUUAUUCGCUAGUAUUUACAAUCUUCUGGGCAUUCCCAUAGCUGCCGGUGUAUUCGCUUCCUUCGGUUUCUUCCUACAGCCGUGGAUGUCUUCCGCCGCCAUGGCUUUAAGUAGCGUAUCAGUAGUUGGAAGCUCCUUAUUAUUGAAGCUUUAUCGUAAACCGACUAAAGCCACGUUGGAAACUCCCGAAUAUUUAGAAGCUAUGCGAGCCCAUUCCACAGCGCAACAAAUCGAUAUAGAGACGAUAUCACUCCAUCGUGGAUUGGAAGAAUCCACGGUCGUAUCAGCGGACACAUCGCCAUCCGCACUGUCCAGAAUAUUUGGAAAGUCAAAAGUCGAGGUGGAGGGCCAUCUCCUUGGCGAGGAAACAGAUGAAAAUGACUUAACCGUGGAUUUUUCGAAUUAUCGUAAAAACGUGAAGAGCUCCACGGACAUAACUUCCGUAUGAAUCUUGCAAGAGUAUAUUUGUCUGACAAGCAUUUUUUUUUCUCGUCCGUUAAUUUUGCAGCAAAUUAAUCGAACGUUACCAAUAAUUUUAAUACUAUUUUAUAAUAGAGAAAUUUUAUAAUAGCUGCUAACAGAGAAGUUGUACAGUCAACUAACAAUUCUAUAUAGAUUAUAAUAUUAUUCAUAAGACAAUUUUCAUCUGUCACAUUAAAAGUAAGCUGCAUCACGAAAGUAAUAGCGAUAACUCGUAACAAGACUUUAUUGCCUCGUGAUUCGAUUUGAGUGAUAUUUAUGGUCAAACAAAUCGAUUGAUACGUUUUUAUAGACUUAUAACAAAAUGUUUAUAUAUUAAGAUAUAUAAACAAUAUUGAUUUAUCUAAUUAUGAAUGUUUUGUGAUAACGGGAUAGAGCAGUACUUCUUUUUUUAUUGCAAUUAAUACGAACGCAAAUUUUAUCAGAAGUCUUAUUUCAUCGCACGCAGAUGUACUUAACUCAAAUAAUAUAAAUCAGAAACAUUAUCUUGCACAUUUUUUAAAAAAACAUACAUGCGUUUUCUAUAUUUUAUAUGUGCAUUGCAUACUAUGAGAAAUUGCAUACGUCCUUUUUUACUUUACAGAUAUUACAAAUAUAAAAUAAAAAACUGUUUUAAUAAAAUGUACUGGGAAUCAUGAGACUUUGGAGGAAAUUAAAAGAAAUCUUUGAAGUUGCUAUUCUCGACCAUAUUUCUUAAAUUGUACGUCUUAUCUUUUAUCAAAUACGAAUGUUUCAUAUUUAGAAUUGCAUCAAUUGCAACGAUUGAAAGUGAGAGAAGCCAAAAAAAAUCAUAAUCUGCUCAGAUAUUUAUUAUAAAUAAUAUAUAAAAUAUUAGAAAUUCCCUAAGCUGCAACUCGCAUUAAGUAAAAAAAGAAAUAAUGAGUAAUAAUGUGUUAUUACUUUUAGAUGUAAUUUAAGAAAUUUUUAUAUUAAAUAUUUAUAUUUUCUCUCUAAAUGCUUAUGAAACACAAUUGUGUGUACGUCUAAUUUUUAAGAAACAGGAUAUUUAAAAUGAAACUUUUUA